AGCGAACUGGUUUUACUGUGAAGGUCCCGGGCUGGCUGUAGGAGUGGUGCUGCAUCGGACUGACAUAACCAGUCGUCUGUCGGUGCCGGUGCCGCUGAGCCUGACGUGGACACUAAAGUUCAGCGGAGCAGGAGUCGCCGUGUGAAGAAGCUGAAAGUCAAAUCUGCUCCAAGACUUGCAGACAAAAUGGCCCCAACUCUGGAUAUUGAGAAACUGCGGCUCGGUGACUUGAUUGAAAUUUCCCGUCCCAUGUACCAGCACUGGGCUGUGUACGUUGGCAAUGGCUACGUCAUUCACUUGGCACCGCCCUGUGAGGGCCCGAGUGUAGGCUCCAGCAGUGUGAUGUCCGUCCUGGCUGACAGUGCCAUGGUGAAGAAAGAGUUCCUGUGGGCCGUAGUGGGAGGUGACGAAUGGAAAGUAAACAACGACCUGGACCGAGAGCACAGUCCCCGUCUGGGUUUUGUCAUUGCGAAUGACGCCAUGGGAUGGGUGGGCAGGACUGUGCCGUACUCCAUCGUCAGCGGGAACUGUGAGCACUUUGUCAACAACCUACGCUACGGCAAAAACGUGUCCCGUCAGGUGACUUCAGCAACAAAUGUUGCCAUCGGAGUGGGUGCGGCCGGACUCGUAGUCUGCGGCGUCCUGGCUUUGGCAAGAGGCCUCAGAGGAGAGAACAAAAACACAGAGUGAUGAGUCACAAGUCGCCUGUUCGGAACCAGUGCCUUGAUAAACUCAUCACCAGCAAAGUCUAACUGGCCCUUACUAUAAUCAAACUAGAGCUCAGAUUACUUUUUUCACCCUGUUUUCUUAACUUUACUUUAAUUUGUCUCUAACACCUUUUGUAAGGUUUGAUGCAAGACUGUUUGCUUUUGGAUCAGGUCUCUGUAUUUUUUAGACUUUUUGUAACAUUUCUAAAUUUUCACUAAAUGUGCCAAGAUGAAAUAUGUAAAAAAAAAAAUGAUGUAAGAAGGCAUUUGAAAGACUUUCAAAUCUUUUCUACAGGUUAGGUUGUUGUUUUUUAAAUUCUUUUUUUUUUCAAAGUUUUAAACAAGAUGUUUGCUAAAAGUUGCUCAUGAAGAAGUAAUAUUGGCUAUUAAAUCUAAAAGUGACCGAUGUUUGCUGAUGAAGAAUAUAUAUCAAACAAUGAAGUUGUUAACACGUCUCACAGGAAGGGCACUUUAAUGUCAUGUCACAUCACGUGGUACUAAAUUUGUCAUCUUCUGAUGAUUAAAAAGAGGAAAAAUCA